AUGACGCACACCAGGCGAGGCCGCCGAUCCCUGAGCGCCGCUAGUCCAGACGGCCGCUGCAGUGAGGUAAAGCCCACUGCCCGGAGGGACACGGGUCCCACCACUGACGCAUCAGCUGAGACGGUGCAAAGAGGUGAUAAGCGGGUCUCAAGCCCGACACCCGCACGAGUUUACGUCGACCUCGAUGCGACGCAGAAGAGCGCGUGUCUCCCCAUUGACACGACAGGAGACGGGGGCGUGUGUCGUGGGCUGAGUGCGCAGCGUCUCGAGGCUGCGAGGAACGGUAAUGACGCGGCAGCGGAAACGUCACACCAGGAGCAGCAGGGGCGGGGGCGGGGGUGGGUCGCCGCCUCGGUGUCGGCAGUGGCGUGGGGGCGGCCAGGCGCCUAUCUCCGGAACAAUUCGCAGCCAGCAGAGCGCGCGGGGGCGCAGUCGGAGCGCGCGAUUGCCGGGGAGAAAGAACGCGGCGGCGGAGGAGGGGUUGGGGGAGGGAGAGAGGGCGGCCGCGGCUCCUCCGCCUCCGCCGCCGCCGCCGCCCCCGCCGCCCACGUGCAGACACGUCGCUCUCUAAUGGUGGGCGGCACGCGACCCGGCGCCGGCCACCGCGCUGUCUGGCCCGGAUUACCCGCUUAUACCGGCCCUGCGCACGCGGCGGUCACGCAGCCCUCACAACGACAGGAGGAAGGCGUGGAGGCGGAAGUAGCGCAGCGGGCGGAGCUCUGCAAGGUGGAUCUGGUGACGUCGGCGGCCGGCCACCUGCUGCCGCCCGUUUAA